UAAGUUGAAUUAAUUUUCUUCCACAUUUGAGGUGGCAAGCUCUGUGAGAGAUUGAAAUUGAAACGGAAGGAUGUGUGUGUCUGAAGUGUGGAGGAAGUACACAGACACACUGAUUACAGAGGUGAAAAAAACAUAGUUUGUGUAUGGGAGUGAAUAGGAAAAAAGACAAUACCUCUAUGAGAGGAAGAGCAUGUGAGGAAAAGAUAGGAAAGAAAUGUUUAAGGCUGCAUGAAAGAGAAGAUGAGAGAGCAGGCAUGAGUAAGUGAGAGAGAGAGAGAGAGAGAGAGAGAGAGAAACAGAGAGAAGGGAAAAGGUAGGGGGGCUAGAAGCAAUGAACUAUAGCAAGCUUCAAACUGUUUCAGCUCAAGCUGAUGAAGAGGAGAGGUGCAGUACAUGGCAAAGAAGCAGCAGAGCAGCACACAACCUCAUAGCAGUCUCUAAUGGACACUUUCAAACACCAAUGCUUUGAUUUCGAUAGCUUCAAAGCUAUUGAAUACCAAACCCAGACCACUGCGGCUAUAAAACAAACUGCCGAGGAUGGCUACUGAAGUGGUGUUUAAUGAAAGUGCAACAUGUCUGGAAAUGAACUGGCCAGCUAUUUCAUUUGCUCUCUCACUCACUCAGGGGUGAUGGUUUCCCCAGAGAAGCUGUGGUGUUUUGUCCUACUCUGUUUCCUCCUGGGGAUCGUGUUGGACAUGCUCAACCUCUCAAAGGCUUUCUCUGUUGGAUUUCAUUUAAUUUCUCCUUGAAGAAGCAUGACUGGAUAUAUACAAUCGUGAUUGCACUAUUGGAUUUCUCAGCUUCCAGACAUGGAAAAUAUAUUCACUGGUACAAGUCUGUGAGUACAAAUCAUAUAGAACAUGUUGAAUCAAUCAUCACUUUCGCAGAAGGUGAUUUUAGACAACCGUGAUACCAUAUAUUUCGUAGAAUAGCAACAAUUAUGUAAAUCUUUUUAAUUUUUUAAUUUUUUUUUAAAUAAGUGUAUAUAUCUAACUUGUAAUACUGAAAAGAUAUCAUUAAAUACAUUAACUCCAUACCUGAAGUUAAACAAAAUAUCCAAAUCUCUUCACAGUCAUGCAAAGCUUUGUGAGGUGUCUCACAAUCAAGGUAACAGGCUUGAUUGUGAGACACAAUCAAGGCUUUCAAUGGAAAAACCGUCAUGCCUUUAGGGGGCUCCAGACAUGAAGCCCAGGAUCCUCUGCCUUUUUGGCUACUUGUGUAUCCAUGUGAAGAAUGUUCCACAGUGCGCUUUUAGGAUCUCGGGCAAUAACAGAGAGUUCGGAUCGGAGGAAGUGCAUCCGUGAUCACAUAAUGAUGGUAAUGGAACAGCUGGAAAAAGUCCUCAAUGAGCUGAAGGAUGUGUCUAGAGAGCUUAGAGAGGUACUGGCUCAAAUUGACAAGUUGACAGCAUACAUUGAUUUGGACCCUGAAGAGAACACAGAGGAUGACAAGACCCUGACUUGCAAUAGAAACAGCAGUGAGAGAGCACUGGAGAACCUUUCCAACGUUGAGGCUUAUUCUAAUAGCAAUGGACUAACCCACUUAUUACACAACUCUCUCUGCGACUCUGCUAAAAUAGCACCAGCCCUGUACCGACGGAGUUGUGGAGACUUACCGGCCCUAAAUGGACCCACAUGGCCAAAUGCUUCUUGGCUCUUCGGCAGAAGGGAGGAAAUACACUCAUGUGACAGUGUAGAGCUUCAUGCUCUAUGCUGUGAUGAUGAUGAGUUCGAUGAAGAAAAUGGUGGCAGGAGAUCAUCUAGAUUCUCUUCCAGUGACUCUGUGUUUUCAUCCUCUCCUCUGCAGCCUGUGAGGUUAGGGGCCUUGACACCCAGAUCAGUCCGCAAAUAUCACCUGAGUCCAGGUUUGAAGAAAAAAACACUACGGAGCUGCAGCACUCAAACAGUUUCCGAUAAGAGCACACAAACUGCACUGACCCACAGUCCUGCCAGGCAACGAUCUGCAUCUGAACAUAAGCACUAAAAACUUUAAACUAAAAACUCUAUUGCCAGCUGCUCAUAUGAAAUAAACUGUUAUAUGCAUGCUUACACAAAAAUAUUGAUGUUACAUAGCAUAUCAUAAAUAACUGCACAUUAACUUGAGGCUAAUAAAACUAUGGACUUUAUUUUGUAUUUAUGAUUUUUUUUUCUUCGUAUUUAUGAAUUAUGAUUUUUUUUUGUUUACAGCACAAUAUUUUAAAUCCUAAACCAUACAGCCAUCCUGAAAAUUAACAUAAUUCCUUAUCUUAAUUAACAUCACAUAUGAAUAAACUAAUUGAGCUAAUUUAAGUAGGGGCGAGCUUCUAAAGCAUAAAAAGAGAAUAAACAGCACACAUUGUUAUGAACUCUUAUGAACCUCAAUCUGUACCCCAAAUUACACAACCUCAGUGAAAAUAUUAAGACCAAACAGACAAAAUAUUUAGUCUCAAAACAUUCAUACAUGUUCAGUAACAGCCUUAUAUUGAUCAUGUUCAUGGUGGAUCCAAUCCAACUCAGGGAGGUGGGGAAUACAGCCUGGAUGGGACACCAGUCCAUCGCAGGAUACCAUGCACACACACACACACACACACACACACACACACACACACACACACACACACACACACACACACACACACACACACAUACACACAGACAGACAAUCACACUCCCUUUCACACCUAGGGGCAAUUUAAAGUAGAUAAUUCCCAUACCGGCAUGUUUUUGGGAGGUGGGAGGAAACAGGAAACACUCCACACAGACAGUAAAGCAAGUAACCCGAGCUCAAGAUCAAAUGGAAAGCUGUGAUGUAGCAACGGUACUUUCUGCGCUACUGUGCCAAAACAACUACCAGGAUCGGUUCUUGUGUAUUACAAGCAUACCUAGUUUGUUGCAAGCAAAAUGGUAGAAAAUACAGAAGUUGAAGGAGAUGCCUUGUUUUCCCUUCAUGUCAGAACAUGCACAAAACACACAAAAUGUCAUGUGUGUCAUUUCAUUAGUUUCUCAGUCGUAAUGCUUUUUCUCAGAAGCAGAAAUCUCAUGCAGUGAUUAAAAAAAAGCCAUUUUAAAUGUUCUGAAAGCAAAUUUUAGAGACAAUACUGGUCCCUCAAGCAAAGCCUUUAAACCUCAGUUGCUCAGCUGUUCCUGUUGUACAUUUCCUCAGAUAUAUAAAGUAUUUUAUUGUCUUGGAAUAAAUCAUCUGCCAAAUAAAUGGUUCAAACAUAUGAUUUUAUGAGAGAUUAUAAACUAGUAGAAGUCAAUGCCAACAUGCCUCGACCACCAACAAGUCUAGUCCUUCUUGCCUGAAAUACCCUUGAAUAUGCUUCAGGUUUAAACUGAGGGGGAUGUCAGAAAAUGUUACUCUAUAUAGCAACCUUUGAUAAAUUAUGUUAAAACUGUGUACUGAACCUUAAUCUUAAAAAUACUGGCCUAUUUCAUAAAAGCAGAAAUGUUAACUGUAUGACAUCUUUUUUUCCCCCUCGGAUAUGUGUAGUGGUCCAAACUGGCUAUCAGAUUAUAUAUAACUCCCAACAGUUUUUGUAUAAACAAGGAUCUAUAUUAUAUACAGUAUAUGGAAGUACAUUGUAUAUUGCCUCUCCACUAAAGGAACACCACAAUAUGAGUGGGAUCUCAAAUCUGCUCAUCCAGUACUGUACUCAUAUACAGUAUGUACAAACACAAUCAACAGUGUAACUCAAUUAUGUGGUACUUUAUAACAUCCUGUUCUGACAAAAGUGGCACAUAAUAAGUUAUCAUAAUUAAUUAAAUAAUGUUACAUUAAAUCCCUUAGAAAUACUUUGGACAAUUAGGGGUUUUUAGCUUCCUAAAAAGGUUUCAAAUGGAGUCCUCUCUGAUAGUCAAACAGUAAAGAAUUCUACACAGAGGGUUCUCCAGAGCAAUCAUUCUGGUCUAUUGCUUCAGGAUGAGAUAUUCACUGUCUGCUACCUUUAGCAAUGGUAUUGUUUCAUACAUUGCUUUAGUGGCUUUGGUUGAAGUGGCAUUGGAUGGCCCUGUUCCUGUUUUCUGAGUGAGAAAUGUGUGGGCUGUUACCAUUUCAAGGCUAGUAUGUCCAGGUUUCCCCAGGCACUGUGAAUGCUGCUCCAGAGAGUGUACUGUGUGCACUGUGGCAAGUGGCACUCACUGAAAAGCACAUCCAACCAAGCAACCAUCUGUUAUUGUGGAUAACAGCAUGAUAACAUAAACACAGGUCUUCCUGACAAAAUAUGCCAAUGGUGAGGGCAGAUUUUUUAGGAGAACAUAGCUUCUGAAACUGCUAGAGAGUUACCUUGCUAUCAAUCCACUACGUGCAUAUCAGACUUUUUGAAAAUGAAUGUAUGUGAACGAGACCAAGCUAGAUUAACUGCCAGAAAACACUCGUCUGAGGAAGUCAAGGCAGUACCAGCUUUCCACAACCAAUGGAAAUAACGGGUACCAGCAUUUGGCCAGAUAUUACUGGAGUUUUUCCCUCAUUUCUUCUCUGUUGUUUUCAGACAUAACCAAGAUACUAUGAAGGACCCGUCCUAUCCUGCUGAAAGAUGCUCUCACUAAGAGUCAAAGCUCAUCAGUUCUUCCAGACCUUAACCAGCCAUUCAUACUUCAAAACAAAAAAAAGGAUUACAUAUCAGUAUAUCUCAUAGAGCUUUUAACAGUAACUUACUGCCAAAUGUCAUGUAUAACCAAAAAGGGAGUGGACUGUAACAUUAAAUUGUUCCAGUAAUGGGCCAGCAUUGGGGAGAGUGUUUUCUGCACAUUCCUGAAAUGAUAACUGUUGGCUAACUGCAAAAUGCUUCUCUAUUGUUAGAAAGUAAAAACAGCUGACCUGAAAAGAGACCAAACACAAAUCAGCAACAAUAUUCCACAGGGUGUCAAGUGAACAUACCUCAGAAAUAAAACCACAACUAUGCAGCUAUCUGGUCAGGGUCACUGGCUGUAUGGGAAAAUGCACUCUGCUAACCUAAACCUACUGGUGUAAACAGGCAUAGGUGAAGGGUAACUGCACAUGUUAAUUUUAUGUAAAUAUGUGACUUUAAUUUAUGAUUUCAGAGUAACAGGAUGACCUGACUCUGAGGUACAAGGGUGAUGUAACUGAUUCCAAAAAAUAGUUAAAAUGUUGGGAAAAUAGGUUAAAAUGUUUGAAAGAUAUUCUCGCUCUCAGUGUUCAGUUCAGUUAGUACCCAACGUUAUAUAACUCUAAUACACUCCCACUAUUACAAGUUACGCCCAACAACAAAUACGCAGAACAUCCGUCAGGAU